AUGUCCCUCGAUGACAACCUCCUCUACCAGGAAACAUCAGACAGCCACCACAUAGACGAGGCGUACACAGCCUUGCUGACGGAGGACGAAAAUAUGAAUGAUGGCAACGAUAGCGACGAGGCCUCGGUGGUCGGCCGGGCACUCACGGCGAUCGUCGAUAUAGGCUCAAACGGGAUUCGGUUUUCGAUUUCCUCCAAGGCCCCGCACCACGCGCGAAUCAUGCCCUGCGUGUUCAAAGACCGGCUCGGCAUCUCCUUGUUUGACGUGCAGCUGCCGGACGGCACCCGGUCUUCCGCGAGAAAGCCGAUCCCGGACACCGCGGUUCACGAAAUUAUUCAGGCCAUGAAAAGAUUCAGUGGCGUCAAGGUUGUUGCCACCGAGGCUGUGCGCGAGGCGCCCAACUCGCAGCAGUUUCGUGAUUCCAUAUUUGACGCCACGGGGUGGAAGGUUGCGCUGUUGAGCCGCGAGGAGGAGGGCCGCACUGCGGCAUACGGUGUUGCGUCUUCCUUCCACGACAUUUCCGGCCUCUUUAUGGAUAUGGGCGGCGGCGGCGUGCAGCUCAGCUGGAUCCGCGCCAAGGACGGCGCCGUCAAGAUUAGCGACCGGCCGGUGUCCUUGCCGUACGGCGCCGCGGCGCUCACCCGGCGCAUGAAAUACGAUGGCGCACCCGUCACUGCGCUAUACGGAGAGAUUAAGGCCGCAUUUGCCGCAGCUUUGGAGCAGCUACAUAUGCCGCCAGUGCUGCUGGACGAGGCGCAAACCAAUGGCGGCUUCCGCAUGUUUGUGUGCGGCGGCGGCUUCCGCGGCCUUGGCCAUCUUCUGCUUGCGUGCGAGCCCGAAUACCCGAUUCAGACCAUAAUUAACGGUUAUUCCACGACCUGCGAGAGCGUCGAGCGCAUGGCCAGUUUCCUCAUGUUGAAGCGCAGUGUUCCUGACAUUGCGAAGGGCUACAAAUACGGGCGGCAGUCCUUUGGCUGCUUCAGCGGCGCCAGCGCAUCGAGCAGCACGAUUUUCCGCGUGUCGCAGCGCAGGGAACAGCAGCUACCCGCAGUGGGACUCAUGCUAUGCGCGGCGCUGGAAUCGUUGCCGCGCAUCAAGACUUUCCACUUCAGCGAGGGCGGAGUCCGAGAGGGCGUACUGUACUCAAUGAUCCCGGAUGAGAUCAAGCUGGAAGAUCCGCUUCUAACCGCAACGCGGCCGUAUGCGCCGCUCCUUGCACAGAAGUACUGGGAGCUCUUGCGCACGGGGCUCCCAUCGGCACCCGCAAUAGUGCCCAACGAAGUGUCCCUGCGCGUGGCGCCGGCGCUCUGUAAUAUCGCCUUUGUGCAUUGCUCCUACCCGAAGGAACUCCAGCCCACCGCCGCAUUGCAUGUUGCCACAACGGGAAUUAUUGCGGGCUCCCACGGGCUCUCGCACAAGAUCCGCGCACUAAUCGGCAUGGCCGGGUGUGAGCGCUGGGGUGGCGACAUCCCCGCGAGCGAGCAGAAUUUCUACUCGCGGCUGGAAAAAUUGGUGAUGGAGGCGGACCCCGAAAACGGGGAGAGCCUUAUUUACUGGACUAAGUACUGCGGCAAGAUGAUGCACGUCAUCUGCGGAAUUCAUCCCGGCGGCAACAUCCGGCCAGGCUCGCUGUUAUUCCGGCUGCAGGCCAUCGGCAGCGUCAAUGACGCACAUGAUUCCGAAAGCGGCAACCUGCUUGCUGCAUCCCCGCCCUCCGACCCUGCAAAGGUCAAGUAUGCAUUGUAUGUGAUUCUUCCCGGUGACGACAUCAAGUACAGUUACAGUGUGCGGAGCCGGAUUUUGAACUUGCAGAAAAAGAUCAAGAAGUUGAACAAGCGCUACCAUUGCCCUGGCAAGGUCAAGGUUUUUGUUAAGUAUGGGCCCGAGUAG